AUGGGGUUUUGGAGCGCAAAUAAAAAUGUCGCUUUCAUAAAAAGUGCUUUUGGGCUAGUAUCGAACAGUUUUCCUAGGGCUUCUGUCAUCAAUGGUCCUAUAAUACAAGUUCGUACUGCUACCAAAAGAGCUGCUGGUUCAAGAACAAACAUGAAAGAUUCAGCUGGUCGUCGUUUAGGUUCAAAGAAAGGGGAGGGAGAGUUUGUGAGACCAGGUCAAAUUCUUAUGAGACAGCGUGGUACAAAAUUUUUUCCAGGUGAGAAUGUUGGUAUCGGUAAGGAUCAUACAAUUUUUGCACUAGAGCCAGGUUAUGUUCGUUUCUAUUUGGAUCCAUUCCAUCCAAGAAGACGUUUCAUUGGAAUUGCAUUAAAAAAACACUCAAGACUACCAACACCACAUUUUGAGCCAAGAGCAAGAAGAUUUGGUUAUGUACCAAUAACAGACCCAUCAAAAGCAAAAUUUGAAGAAGGUACAUUGAAACGUAAACAAUUUUUAAUGAAACCUAUUUUGAAAAAAGAAGUAAAAGCCAGAGAAGAGAAAAGAAUCCAGAACACAGCUUUGUAUGGAGAACAAUUAAUUAAAGUGGUUCCUGAAUUAACUGAAGAAGAAAUCAAGAUCGGUUCAGAACGUUUAUUAGCUAUUAGAAAUCACGUAAAAAAUGGUUUGUCUAAUGAAGAAGCCAAAGCUACAACCACAAUGAUCUACCUUCAAAACUUGAAACUUUCAUUAAAAAGAAAUGAAACAACUCAAGAAGAGUGGACUACAGCACAACAAAAAUAUUUGAACCUUUCUAGCAAAUUGGAAAAAGCUGUUACAUUUGACAAUAAAUUCAACAUCAUCAAGUAUCGCUCCGAAGAUGAAAGAAGAUCAUUGGUUGCACAACUCGAAUCAACCAUUAAGGAACUUUACAGCAAGUUUGAUAAAAAGAACACUAGUGAAAUCAAGAAAUUGUUAUUCAAUUCAGAUGUCCUGACUCAAUCAGAACUUAUUAAAUUUAAGAGAACCUAUCUCAAGGCAGUUUUACCAGAAGAUAUUGCCGUUACUGAUACUAAAGACAAAAAGGCAGCUAUUGUCAAACGUUGGAAUUAUAUUAGAGAAAAGGUUGAUGUUGUUGCAAGAUCUAAGGGUGCUUUUGUCACAAGAAAAUGA